GUUUCACGGAGGUAACCUGCAUAGAUGAGGCCGCUGCUAAAGUGAACGCUAAAGCUCACCACUCAGAGUCGCGGUGGACUGAGUUCGAUUCCGUUACUCCAGCAUAUGGCCCUCCCAAUCCUGAACGUCCAUACUACACGCUAUAUAAUGCCACUGACAAGGUACACUGUAUUCAGCCUUCUCCCGGAGGGUUAAUUAAAGGUUCCGAACACUGCUUAUCGGUGGAUAUAUUUACAAAAAAUAUUACUGGCUCUAAACCUGUCAUAGUCUGGCUAGAAGGAGAAGAAUAUUUGUCUUCUAAAAUAAACACUACAUUCAGAAGGCUAGUUAUAGAGGAUAUAGUUGUAGUGUCACUGAACUAUCGAGUAUCCGUAUUCGGGUUUUUAUGUCUUGGAGUUUCUGGAGCACCCGGAAAUGUUGGACUUAUGGACUGUGUAUUAGGACUUCAUUGGAUUAAGAAAAAUAUAGCCCAAUUUGGAGGUGAUCCGAACAAUGUUAUGCUUCUUGGACACGGAUCUGGAGCUGCUAUGGUCGAUCUUAUAACUAUGUCACCACACUCAAAAGAUUUGGUACACAAAGCAUUCGUUAUCAGUGGAUCAGCAUUAGCACCUUGGGCUAUAUCGUAUGAUCCAAUCGGUUAUGCUAAUAUUGUAGGAGAAAGACUAGCUUACUCUGGAAAACCACCAACUAAUUUAGCAAAUGAAUUGAAAUCUACUGAACUUAACGUGUUACUGUCUGCUCUUGAUUUUGAUGCUACCAAUAAUACUUUAUUAUUUGCUCCUUGUGUUGAAAACGAUAAACUUCAGAACAUUUUUCUUAAUGACACCCCAAUAGCCAUAUUGAAGAAUGGUAAUUUUAAUCAUAUUCCUUAUGUAGCGGUGUUCGCUGACAAAGAGGGAACAAUUAGAGCGAGCAAAUAUAGUGACUGGAAAGACAAAAUGAAAACAAAUUUAACACAGUUUAUUUCAGGGGAUUUAGAAUUUGAAUCUGAACUGAAUAAAACAAAAGCAGUGAAUUCUAUUAGUGAAUUUUAUUUUGGGAAUAUCACCAGUAUAGACGUAGAAGACUAUCUUGAAUACCACGGAGACACUUCAAUUAUUGUACCAUUAAUAAGAGGUGUCAAAGCCAGAGCAAAUACGUCGAGAGCUAACGUUUAUUUACUUGAGUUCGCGUACCGUGGUUCAACAAACGAUGACUGGCCGUAUCCUGAUAUACCAGUGAAUGGUGUUAAGCAUGGAGAAAUCCUAGAAUAUUUAUUUGAUAAAAAUAUGACCAAGCACGGGGAAAACGCAAAGACAUCGCUUAUAAAUCAUAUAGUAUCAUUUGUGAGAACCGGGAAACCCAGUUUAAACGCUGAACCAGGGCAAGAAUGGUUACCGGUGCACAACCAGAGAUUCAACUAUUUGUAUUUUGGUGGAGCGUAUAACGAACCGCACGGAGAAGUACCACAACUGGAUCCUCACACACAGACGAUGACUUUUUGGAACAAUAUAUAUGACGAUUAUCAAAAAAUUCCUAAGGGAGGAUCAGCUUCACCUAAGUUGGAAGUUAUGUUUUAUUUAAUUGGUUUUAUUGUACCAAUCUAUGGUUAUUAUCACCUGUAA